AUGCUCGAAGCCGCGCAGCUCUGGGGUUUGCUGCCGCCGGGUGAGCUGCGCCUCGCCGCGCCGCUCUGCCGGCCCUCGGAGAACUCCGCCGCGUGGCGACUGGGCAGCGACCGCGACGAAGGCCUGCCGGCCACCACGCGGCUUCGCCGCGUGGCCGCUGCCGUGGGCUCCGCGGGCUGCACCGCGCUGCUGGCGCCGAGGCACCCCGCGCGGCCGCAGCAGCUGCAGCUGCACGCGGUGGCGGCUGGGUGCCCCAUUCUCGGAGACCGGCUGCACAAUACGGACCGCCGGCUGGAGGAGUGGCGGCAGCUCCCGCACGCGCCACGGCUGAUGCUUCACUGCUGGCGCCUGCGCGUGGAAAACGUGGAAGUCAUGGCUCCAGUGGAGGACGCUGAGCUGGCAGAGCAGCUGGCAUCACCAGAGGCGCAGCAGGCGGCGCAGGAGCUCAUGUCUGAGCCAGAGGAAACGGAUCUGUGGGACAAGUUCGCAGGUGGGCUGCUACCCCACAUCCUGGAUGACACGCCCUGGGACUGCCCGCGCGAGCUCCGCAACGCCCGGGGCCCGCCCUACCGCCCCACACGGAAGACGCGGGCGACGCGCGGCCCUGCGGUGCCUUCGAGCUGA